AUGGAAGAGAACAACGGCAACAACAACCACUACCUGCCGCAACCAUCGUCUUCCCAACUGCCGCCGCCACCAUUGUAUUAUCAAUCAAUGCCGUUGCCGUCAUAUUCACUGCCGCUGCCGUACUCACCGCAGAUGCGGAAUUAUUGGAUUGCGCAGAUGGGAAACGCAACUGAUGUUAAGCAUCAUGCGUUUCCACUAACCAGGAUAAAGAAAAUCAUGAAGUCCAACCCGGAAGUGAACAUGGUCACUGCAGAGGCUCCGGUCCUUAUAUCGAAGGCCUGUGAGAUGCUCAUUCUUGAUCUCACAAUGCGAUCGUGGCUUCAUACCGUGGAGGGCGGUCGCCAAACUCUCAAGAGAUCCGAUACGCUCACGAGAUCCGAUAUCUCCGCCGCAACGACUCGUAGUUUCAAAUUUACCUUCCUUGGCGACGUUGUCCCAAGAGACCCUUCCGUCGUUACCGAUGAUCCCGUGCUACAUCCGGACGGUGAAGUACUUCCUCCGGGAACGGUGAUAGGAUAUCCGGUGUUUGAUUGUAAUGGUGUGUACGCGUCACCGCCACAGAUGCAGGAGUGGCCGGCGGUGCCUGGUGACGGAGAGGAGGCAGCUGGGGAAAUUGGAGGAAGCAGCGGCGGUAAUUGA